AUGCGCCUCACCUUUCUAAACCUUGCGCUGUCCGCCGGCGCUGCACUGGCAAGUCCCUACAAGAAAGUCUCCAACGGCACCUAUGAACAAGAAACGCGAAGCAUCGAUGAAAUUUACCAAGCAGCCUUGGCCGAAGGCGGCGUUGUCACCCUCUGGCAUGGCGGCGACGAGAAGACCCAGCAAAAUUUUCUGAAGCAAGCCUUCGAGACACGCUUCCCCAACAUGACGCUCAAUGUCACCGUUGACCUGUCCAAGUACCACGACAGCAAUCUCGAUCUACAGCUCGCGGCCAAGAACGUCUACGUCGACAGCAUCAUCUUGCAGACACUGCACGACUACCCUCGUUGGAAGAGAGAGGGUGCUUUAUUGAACUAUGCACCCAAAAAUUUCGAUCAGAUCUAUCCCUCCUUCAAGGAUGCAGAUGCUGCCUAUGCCGGUCUCUUUGUCAUUGCCUGGUCAAUUCAGACAAACACCAACAAAACAGCCACAGCAUUGACAUCGUACAAUGACUUCAUCAAGCCCGAGUUCAAGGACAAGUUGGCCCUGACCUACCCCAACGACGAUGACGCGGUCCUUUGGCAAUUCGAUCUUCUCCUCAAUGAUCCCAACUUCGGUCACUCGUGGUUCGAAGCCCUCCUAGCCAAUAACCCUCGCUGGGUCCGCGGCACGGCUACCCCCAGCACUCUCGUCAGCGGAGCCAACAGCAGCAGCGUCGCAACCUUCACGUCCGGUCACUCUUUUUCCGCUAUAUCAGGUUACAACUUCGCUCUCCCUACCGAAGGCAAUUUUGUAUCCUGGCCUCAGACCGGUGCUAUCUUAAAAGACGCUCCGCAUCCCGAGGGCGCGAAAUUGCUGCACAACUUCCUGCUCAGUGAUGAACAUCAGAAGAAUGUUGGCUGGAGCACGAGGCAGGAUAUUCCGGCGCCGGCUGGCGCAAAGAAGAUUCUGCAGCAGCCGAAUACGCAUGCGACUAAGUUUGCGAAGUGGAUGGCCAAUCGCGAGUAUGUGGAGAGACUGAGGUUCUUCUUUGAGUCUAAGAUUGGUACAGCGCAGGGACUCAGUCCCCUUGAGGACGACCUGUGA